UCGGGGCCGCCCUCCCCCGCGCGCCGCCCCCGGGUUCCCUGCCCGGUCCGCAGGAGAAACUGUGCCCUCUCCCUUCUUGACCCCUGGCCUUCCCUUCCCUCCCUCCCUCUCUCCCUCCCGCUGCCGUCGCUCCUGCCGCUGCUCCUUCCGCGGGAGCUCCCGGCUCUGGGAUGGGGUCUCGGGCCUCCACGUUACUGCGGGACGAAGAACUCGAGGAGAUCAAGAAGGAGACGGGCUUUUCCCACAGUCAGAUCACCCGCCUCUACAGCCGCUUCACCAGUCUGGACAAAGGAGAGAACGGGACACUCAGCCGGGAAGACUUCCAGAGAAUUCCAGAACUUGCUAUCAACCCAUUGGGGGACCGGAUCAUCAAUGCCUUCUUUCCAGAGGGAGAGGACCAGGUAAACUUCCGAGGAUUUAUGAGAACAUUGGCUCAUUUCCGACCCAUUGAGGAUAAUGAAAAAAGCAAAGAUGUGAAUGGACCAGAACCACUCAACAGCCGAAGCAACAAACUGCACUUUGCUUUUCGACUCUAUGACUUGGAUAAAGAUGACAAGAUUUCCCGUGAUGAGCUGUUACAGGUGCUACGCAUGAUGGUUGGAGUGAAUAUCUCGGAUGAGCAGCUGGGCAGCAUCGCAGACAGGACAAUCCAGGAAGCUGAUCAGGAUGGGGACAGCGCCAUAUCGUUCACAGAAUUUGUUAAGGUUUUGGAGAAGGUGGAUGUAGAACAGAAAAUGAGCAUCCGAUUUCUUCACUGAAGGACUGAGAGCAAACUGUUCCUUGCUUUCUAGUAUUUAAGAACUGGAACUUGAGCAUCCUCCUGUCCACCAGCCCCACGUCCGCUGCCACAUGCCCCUUCCCCGAAGUACAAUUGCUGUUGCAUGACAACCCCAAAUAUGUUGCAUCAACACACACCUGCCUUUGGUGUAUAAACAGGGCAUUACAGAAUGGUACACGCAGUCUCUUUCUGUUCCUAUCAUUUGCCGGUGAUCUCCAUUUAAACAUCAUCUCCCUCUGUUCUGCUGCCGAAUACCACAUGUCCAUCCAGUCUGAGAAAGUGAACAAGGGAAUCCUGCCAAGAAUCUGUCAGCAAAGCUCUCUCCCUGGGCCCUACAGCCUGGCUGCUCUCUCCGUCCCGUGCACCCGACUUCAGGCUCCCUCCUUUGUGUCGAGUCUCAGUCCUCUCUGUUCUGCAUGGCACCCCAAGCUAUGCCUGGCAAAUGUAUUUCUGACUUGGCAGGAUGGUUCGGCAGUCUGGCCGUUUUUAUCUGCCUUUACACUAAGUGAAUGUCGGGGAUGUUGCCUCUACAGGAGUUUUCAGGAACCCAUUUGUUUCUCAGAACCAAGUGACCCUCUCUUGGUCCCCUGCACUCUGCUCUCUCAUGAAGGAUGGAGGGGGAGGUUCUGGAAAGGUGGUGGCUGUGAUGAGAUGAGAGCUGAGCCUCUUGGCAGCUUGUCCGGGUUGCUCUACCUCUGGCUUCUGAUUCUCAGCAGCCAAACCUGCAUGGCUCCUCCCAUUGGUCUCCUCCCAUUGGUAUGGUGGUGACUUUAGAAGUAGACACUUGCCUGCAGGUUUGCUUAGUUUGGGGAUACCACUACCACCAGAACGGCUACGUUGACCAUAUACUUGGGGACUUUCUCAUGGCUUUUUGUGCAAGGAGGUUGGGCACCCUAAAUACCGCCUGUAUUCCCACCUCUGCAGUGCGGUUUAUGCCUCAGUAUUAUGUACCCUGGAAUAUUUUUUCCUUUCACCUUUCCAAGUAGAAAGAUUAGUUGUACGGAAGUGCCUCAUUUAUCCCAGUCCAAGAGAUUUAAAGAUUGUCCUCGGUAUCUUGAAGUUUUGCACAAAAUUCUCUAUGAAUUUACAUUUGGCAAAUAUUGAUAUGCUGGAAGCCAUAGUCUACUCCUAAUAUAGGCCCAAAGUAUUGAAUGUAUCAGAUCAUUAGCCACCUGCUUACAUUGACCUCCUAGUUCUUCUUGUAGGUCUUUGCUCAUCCCUUAGAAGCACAAGGUCUGGCACUAGUGGAACAAACUGAGGCGGUAUUACAGGCCUUUGCAUGAGCCAGAGCAGUUUCUUUGUCUAAGUCAGCUAGUAUCAACGUCACCAAGUCAGGCUGCUGUCAUCCUGUCAUUGUCUAUGUGAGUCUUUUCAUCAUGUAUCUGCCUGUGGCUGGCUCUCUCUGACUCAGUGCUUGCUUGCUUGUCUGUUUCCUUGCUUUGGAAGGCCAUCCCAGGCUGUGUUCACACAGUAGUUCAGGAUGGGGGUUUCUAAAGGCAAAACAACCCAAGAUGGGGAAGAGUGGGGAACAGGAGUAGUCAGGCCAGAUGACUCCAGUAGAAAUGACUGAGGAAUUCUUGAUGAAGUAUCAGUCUGACUUUGUAAUCAAGUGAUGUAAUAUAGGAAUUUUAUGAAAGGGAAGAAUGGAAUUGUCUGACACUGAUCUAUUAGGUACUUAUGAGGCUCCCCGACUUGCCUAUUUAAAGUUCCGAAGAUUAUGGCUUUUUCCUUUUUGGCUGUAUAUCAAACCGUUUUAAUCCACAGUUGUGCCUUAUUGUUCCAUUAAAAUUGUAUUCUUCAAUCCAUCAAUAAAUACUUGUGGUUAAAACAAA